AUGACCGACCGAGUUGUUCAACAACCACUGGAAGAGGCUUCAAGACUUGAAGAAGAGGACGCUGCGUCUACAACUAAUCGGACGGAAGCACGGACGGAACAUUUGUCGGCUCUGGAGGACGACGAAGAGGCAGAACGUCAAGAUAACCUCCACCUCACGCACGUAACUCGAGCCGGAGAGAUCACCGAAGCAGCCAAGGCCUACUUGACUAGCAGAGAAGGUGAAGCUGCGUCUGGGAUUGACUUCGUCGACAACGUUCCGGUAGCCCCUACUGUCCCACCGUCUGAGAUUCAACGUAGAGAGCAGGCCCGUCUAGAAGAGCUGACCAUCGCCCAAAGGAGAUGUGAUGAAGCUCGAGAACGCGCCAACCAUGUUCGGGAGGAGUGCCAUUCGGCCCAGGCGGCCUUAAGGCAGUUGACCGGUCGACCAACGGAUCCGGAUCAGUUUUCUUCCGUCAGCCAGCAAGUGGCUAACGCAGAUCCUCUGGUGAAUGAAUGGCUUGCGCAGCAACGGCGCAUCAACAACAAACAAGAAACACCUGACGAUUGGAUUGACCAAUACAGCGCCGGUCUGCUACCCCCGGUCUCCAACAACCUUUCUGCCCGUUCUGCUGUCUCGGCGGAACUCGCGUCCUAUCAAGGGAAAUCUUUGGAGUGGUUCGAAUUGAUUGACCUCUUCCGGGCCUUGGUACACGACACUCCAAAGUCGCCAGGGGAAAAAUUGGCCCUCCUGAAGCUAUAUCUGGAAAACGAAUGUCUUGACGUGGUGUAUGGUUUAGGCGGUGGCGAGACGGCCUAUAUUCAAGCGUUGGUGCGUUUGAAAGAGACUUAUGGGCGUCGCGACGUCAUGAGAGCGGCCCAUCUUCAGGCUCUCGACCGACUGGAACUUAAAGGUGAAGCCGGAGCAUUCAAAAGAUUUGCCGAAAGAGUUCGCUCCCAUCUGUUCGAUCUUAGCCGAAUUGGGGAGAUGUCCACCGCCGACGUGAUAGAGAAAAUAUGCCUGAAAUUGAACCUUCAAGACAGACUCGCUUGGAACGAAGAGCGACACGGCCGCCUGGAGCGACGGAGUCUGAACGAUUUUGGAACCUGGCUCUGUUCGAGAGCAUCAGCCUACCAAAACGCAUAUAGUAUCGCUGCCAGUCAAGCUAAUUUCUCCGCUCCGAUGAACAAAGGAUUCAACCCGCGGCGAACGAGAAUCCACCAGGCGUCAUCAAAAACUCAUGAAGGAGGUAUCGGCAUGCAGUCUAAUAAACCUUAUUGCUUCAAGUGCGAGAAGGGGCAUCGGCUGUCUGAUAGUGAGGACUUCAAGGCACUUCCCAUUGGCGAGAAGAUUCAGUUUUGCAUGAGACGACGACUUUGCUUCAACUGUUUUAGCUGCAAGCAUUCUGUCCGUGAAUGUCCAACAAGCCGUCCAUGCAAACACACCGAUUGUCGCUACACCCACCACCCUUUACUACACGAUUCAGAGAAGUUGCCGGUUAAGACCGUUCAUCCAUCUACGGCCCGAGCGGAGAAAGAACAUCGAGUUGCGCUGGGCAUGCUGCGACUGCAGGUACAAGGAAGCGACGGGGGUUGGUGCUGGGCCAACAUCUUCACCGAUGAGGGGAGCGACACUACCCUGGUGCGCAGCGCCUUUGCCACAUCACUCAAAAUCAGAGGCUCUCCGCAGGUCCUUACCGUAGAUGGUGCUGGUGGCGUGGUGACACGUUACCCAUCCGAGCUUAUACACUUCCAGUUACGUGCCGAAUCCGGCGAGAUCAUCACUCUCGAGGGGUCUACCAUGAGGAAGGUGGCAAGUCCAGCUCCGACAACCGACUGGAGCAAAGAGAAAAUGCGGUGGCCACAUUUACGAGAUCUGCCAGUAGGAGAGGUAAGAGGCAAGGUUGACAUCCUCAUCGGGACGGACCAUCUACACCUACUUGCCGCCCGAGAGUCGAGAGAAGGUGAAGAUUACGAGCCGAUCGCGUCCAGGACUCGUCUCGGAUGGAUUAUUCGAGGCGUUACCAACGGAGAGGCUCAUGCCCUGGCAGUGCGCAGUUUCAUUAUUGCCGGCCGGACCCAAUUAGACCGGUUGACUUCUGAGAUGCGUCGCUUCUGCGACACGGAGGCGUUCGGAACGGAAUUCAAGCAAGGCUGUCUAUCUCCCGAUAAUCAGAGAGCUAUGGCGCUCGUGAAGGGGAAGACACGAAAAUUAGCCGUCGGUUACGAGGUUCCUAUCAUUUGGAGAGAGGGGGAACCGGACCUCCCGAACAAUAGAGCCAUGGCCGUCAAUCGUUUCCAGAGUCUACUGAGGAGAUUUCAACAUCAGCCGGAACUCGAACGGGACUAUGAGGCCGCCAUGCAGAAGACCCUGGACCAAGGGGACGAAGCUGAGAGUUGUGUUCGAUGCUGCCGCCCCUUCAGAGGGAAAGCUCUCAACGACGCCAUCAUAGGAGGACCAGCACUGCAACCAGCGCUGGCGGCCGUUAUCACCCGUUUCCGGCAGGAAGAGUGUGCCUGGGCUUCAGACAUUGAGGCGAUGUUUAGUCGCCUUCGUCUAUCUGCGGAAGAUGCGAGAUUUUUCUGUUUCUUAUGGAGACAGAAAUCAUCUGGCAACAUGGUGACGUACAAGAUGGAUAGGUUGCCUUUCGGAGCAAGUUAUUCCCCGUUUGUAGCCAUUCAUACGAUCCAGCGGAUUGCAGAAGACGCUGGAGUAGAGGAAAAGAUGGCCGUUGCUGUUCGAGAACGGAUGUACGUGGAUGAUUAUCUGAGCUCCGCGCCAACCGUUCAAGAAGCUGUACAAGAAGCAUCCGCCGUGAGAAAAAUGCUAGCGGACGCGGAUUUGAACCUACAACGUUGGGUGUCCAACUCGCCCGACUUCCUGCAGCAGAUGACCGUCAGCACCGGACUGAGUUCAUCAAAUAUUCAUCAGUUGGGGAGCAAUUGUGAGGAAAAGGUCCUAGGGGUUUUCUGGGACGUUCAUUCCGACACUUUGGGUUUUAAAGUUGCCGAAGCGCCCGAUGUCAAAUUCACCAAGAUGGAGCUGGCCAGUCGAGUAGCCGGAGUUUUCGACCCCUUGGGCACCGCGUCGCCGAUUAUCGUGAAGGCAAAAAUCCGUCUCAGAAUGCUGGGACAGAGCGGACAACAAUGGACGUAG